CGAGGCAGGUCUUCUCACAGUGGCUCGUCUUGCUGAGAGUGCUUUGGUGAAGCUAGACAGGUCUCUACUUUCAGCUCUCGUUGACAGAUGGAGACCUGAGACACACACGUUCCACCUCCCUUGUGGGGAGAUGGCACCGACCCUGCAGGACGUUGCGAUGAUGCUUGGUCUUCCUAUCACCGGAGACGCUGUCGGGCCCAGCGUGGUACCUUCUACGUGGCUGGAGGAUCUUGAGGAACGUUUUGCAGGUGUUGCCACCACGAUUGAUCCUGAAGAUUUCAAUGAGCACCCACAGUCGAAAGGCCCUUCUAAGUCAUGGCUCCUACAAUUUCAGCCGGAUCUGUUGGCAGCCCAUGCUGAUGACUACAGCGUGACUAGAUCACUCAAGGCAUACCUGCUGUGGUUAUUUGGGUACAUCCUGUUCAACAACUCACACGGGCACUGUGUGGAUAGGGUGCUUCUGCCAUACGCACAGGAGAUCGCCGAUGCAGAUGAGGAUGUCAUACCCUUAUAUAGUUGGGAUUCUGCGGCUCUUGCAUGCACAUAUCGUGGACUCUACAAGGCAUCACGGCAGAAUGAUAUGAAUGCUGUCCUAACGGGGUGCCCAAUUCUGCUACAGCUUUGGUCUUACGAGAGGAUUGCGAUUGGUCGUCCCAUGAUUGACCAGUCACCGUACACGCCGGAUAUGUACGGUGACAUGGAGGACGACAGACCCACCAUGGGGACUCUCUGGUACUCUCGACAGGUAUGGACCCGAUAAAAAUUUAUAUUCUAUGCAUACUAUGGUCAUACAUUG